AAUCCCACACAGUGGUAAACGAACACCCGCAAGGAAAGUAGAGAAGGCAUUUCAGGUACCGGAGCUUACUGUUUCCAGCCAGAAUUAGAUUACUGAGCUUCAGACACCCCACUGCCAGAUGCUGACCAAGAAGAGGUGAGAUAGAAAAGAUAUGGUCUAGAACCCAAGACUUAACCCUAAUUAAGGAUGGAAGGCGAAUCUUACCACAAUACGACCACUGUCAAUGGCACCCCAGUAAGUCACCAGCCUUUGGAACGCCAUGGGCUGUGGGAAGUCAUCACCAUCGCGGCUGUGACCGCUGUGGUAAGCCUGAUCACCAUCGUGGGCAACGUCUUAGUCAUGCUCUCCUUCAAAGUCAAUAGUCAGCUGAAGACCGUUAACAACUAUUACCUGCUCAGCUUAGCCUGUGCAGAUCUCAUCAUUGGGAUCUUCUCCAUGAACCUCUACACUACCUACAUCCUCAUGGGACGCUGGGUGCUCGGGAGUCUGGCUUGUGACCUCUGGCUCGCCCUGGACUACGUGGCUAGCAACGCUUCCGUCAUGAACCUUCUGGUGAUCAGUUUUGACCGUUACUUUUCUAUCACAAGACCUCUGACCUAUCGGGCCAAGCGUACCCCAAAAAGGGCUGGCAUCAUGAUUGGCUUGGCCUGGCUGAUCUCCUUCAUCCUUUGGGCCCCAGCGAUCCUCUGCUGGCAGUACCUGGUUGGGGAGCGGACGGUACCACCAGAUGAGUGCCAGAUCCAGUUUCUGUCCGAGCCCACCAUCACUUUCGGCACUGCCAUCGCUGCCUUCUACAUCCCUGUUUCUGUCAUGACGAUCCUCUACUGCCGGAUCUACCGGGAAACGGAGAAGCGGACCAAGGACCUGGCUGACCUCCAGGGCUCUGACUCCAUGGCCGAAGCGGAGCCAAGAAAGCCGGCUCAUAAGGCUCUGCUGACGUCCUGCUUUAGCUGCCCUCGACCCACACUGGCCCAGAGGGAAAGGAACCAAGCCUCCUGGUCAUCCUCCCGCAGGAGCACCUCCACCCCUGGGAAGCCAUCCCAAGCCACUGGCCCAAGCACCGAGUGGGCCCAAGCCGAGCAGCUCACCACCUGUAACAGCUACCCUUCCUCGGAGGAUGAGGACAAGCCCGCCACGGACCCUGUCUUCCAAGUAGUCUACAAGAGUCAGGCCAAGGAAAGCCCGAGGGAAGAAUUCAGUGCCAAAGAGACCAAGGACACGUUUGUGAAAGCUCAAGCUGAAAAAAAUGACUGUGACACCCAAAAAUACUUCUUGUCCCCAGGUGCUGCUCAUAGACCCAAGAGUCAGAAAUGUGUGGCCUAUAAGUUUCGACUGGUGGUGAAAGCUGAUGGGACCCAGGAGACCAACAACGGCUGUCGCAAGGUGAAAAUCAUGCCCUGCUCCUUCCCAGUGUCCAAGGACCCUUCGACGAAAGGCCUGGAUCCCAACCUCAGCCAUCAAAUGACCAAACGAAAGAGAAUGGUCCUCGUCAAGGAGAGGAAGGCAGCCCAGACCUUGAGUGCCAUUCUCCUGGCCUUCAUCAUCACCUGGACCCCUUAUAACAUCAUGGUCCUGGUUUCCACCUUCUGUGACAAGUGUGUCCCAGUCACCCUGUGGCACUUGGGUUACUGGUUGUGCUAUGUCAACAGCACCAUCAACCCCAUUUGCUAUGCCCUCUGCAACAGAACCUUCAGGAAGACCUUUAAGAUGCUGCUCCUCUGUCGAUGGAAAAAGAAAAAAGUAGAGGAGAAGUUGUACUGGCAGGGGAACAGCAAGCUCCCCUGAAGAGUUAACAAAUCCCCUCAAAAGAGUAACUGUGGCCAAUUUCUUUUGAGGAUGGGUCAGCUGAUUCUGGUGUAUUUAUUUAAAAAAAAAAAAAAAGACAUCUGCCAUUUGGGGCACCUGCGGACUUUGAAAAGGCUUAAGAUCUGUCACCAAAAGGAAGGAGUCACAGCUGCCACAAGUGCUACCAUAUUGAAUGAUUCUUGCCUGUGACCAAGGUCACCUGACGCCACUGGAGUUUGCCGUUGAAGAGACAGACGUGUGUCCCUUCCCAGGAGGAGGAACGCUGGGUCACGAUGAACAGUGACGUAGGGAACUUUUGUUCCCUAACCUUUGGGGAGCAGCAGGGACUGGUUGGAAACCUUCCCUGUGGAAACCAGUAUUGAGGUUUUGUGCAAUAUGUAUGUGUCU